CCUCAUCAGGUGGCUCCCCUGGGUGUGGCGCUGGGCUGUCUGGGUAUAUAUCGGGCAUCAAAUUGUAACAAAUACCAUACCGGCUGAAUUCUACCCUCUGUCUCCGGAGACUGCCAACAUUGAAAUGAUGGAAAGUAAACUGACGGUGGAGGAAAUCAUGGCGCUGAUGGUGAUGAAAUUUGAAAGUUACGCCUCUAAGAGCAGCGGAGACAAAAACACGCUGUGCACCGAGGAGCUGAGUCACAUGACCCCCGCCGAGUUCCCCACACUCUGCACGGUCGCCAAGAAGGAUGAGAUCGUGAAGGAAAUCAUCGGGAAGAUGGACGCCAACAACGACAAAAGGGUGACCUUCGAGGAAUUCAUGUCUUUCUCGUCUUCUUUGGCCUCGUUCAUAAGGGACAACAUGAAGGAGUAGCGCCCUCCUGAGCGCAGGGGGCGGGGCAAUAGUUACUGAAUUCAGCGAUUGUGCGAUUCUUCAAUAAAAGUAAAAAAGACUUCA